AUGCUAUUCUACCUCACAACUCUGAAUCUUGCAAGAUUCUUGAUUGAAAAUGCUCCAACCCUAUCUGUGGGGGAGUCAGAUGUGCAGGCUCUCAGUGUAGUUGACGCUUGGAAGCACUCUGAUUAUCUUUGCCGGAAUUAUAUCAUGAAUAGUCUUCCUGAUUCCCUGUAUAGUGUUUAUCAGGGGUUUAAGACAGCAAAGGAACUAUGGGAAUCCUUGGACCUGCUCUUGCAUGAGAUUCAGGCUGAGGGGAUGGCUCUAAGUGAAUCCUUCCAAGUGGCUAUUGUCAUUGAGAAGCUGCCUCCUGGUUGGAGGGAUUUCAAGAAUUAUCUAAAGCAUAAGCGGAAGGAGAUGACAAUGGAAGAUCUUGUUGUCAAGCUUCGAAUUGAAGAAAACAAUAAAAACUUCGGAAAGGAUCUCAUCCUCCCUGCUGCUGCUAAGGUAAAUGUUAUGGAGCAAGGGCAAAGCUCCAAGAAUAAAAAAGGCAAGAAGAAGCUGCGUACGAAUGGAGGAGUCUUCAAGCCCAAGUUUCAGGGGAAAUGCUUCAACUGUGACAAGAAAGGCCACAGAUCUGCUGACUGCAGGCUCCUAGAGUGGAAAAAGGACCAUGAAGCAAACAUGGUUAAUGAGAUGACUCGAGAUAUGUCUCAAACAGAGACAUGUUCACUAUGCUAG